AUGAGGAUCUACGAUCGAAUAAUUCAGUGCACCAACGGGCGCUACGGGAACAAGACAGAGGAGACUUCCUCGGAAAGUGAAGGCAGCACGGACAGCUCAAGUAUAAUGAACGAAAAGAUAAACCCCUCUAACUACGUCACGUAUGAAUGCCAGCACAUUUUGUUCUUUUCCUCCUUCCAGUUGUCUUUUACCCUGAUGUUCUCCCUUUACUGCAAAUUCUACGUCCUUGCCAUUUUUAACACUGGGCUUUUUUUAACCUCUAUAAUUCACUGGAGGAAACCUACGUUGGGAUUACGGAGGACGAUAGACAUGACCAUGGUGGUUAUGAACUUCCUCAUGCACGCCAUCCACUCGUUCAGCAUAAACUCCAUGUGCUUCUUUGUCUGCAUCUGUGGAGCCAUUUUUAUGACAGGACUUUACUUGACCGGGAAGAAGUUCAAUUACAAUCCGUAUAGCACUCUCUACCACUUACUCGUCCACACCACCGGGACCAUGUCCGCCCUCUCCAUUUACUACAUUUCGAAGAACAAGCUUAUUGACCACUCGUGA